AUGGUUGAAAUAAGGCUGAAAACGAAGCACACGAGUUGCGAAUUUCGCCUGGACUUUAACGAAGUGAAACUACCAGAUGAUGUGAAUAUAUUAAAAGACUUGGAGAAGGAGAUAGAAAAUUCUAUUUACCAUUUGAAACGAUCAAACGAUGAAAUUAAAGAGUUUGAUCCUGAAGGUGCCGACCAGGAUCUCCUCAUGGCACUGAAUGAGAAUAGAUUUUCGUUAUGCAGGAAGGAAGAACGCCUGCGCAUAAUUAAGGACAAAAUACAGCUACUGGAACCUCAUGCUCCUGAUAUGGUGGGUCAAACAAAUGUGAAAGAUACCCCAGGGGUGUAUACAAGGGAGACGAAUCAGCGUGAGGGAAUUGCUCAUACACUCGCUUGUGAGAUGGGCGAUGAGUACGUUAGUGAUGCGGAUGACAAGGACGAGUUAAUGGCGAAUGAGGUGAAUGCGGCGAAUGAUGCGAAUGGCAAGGUCUCCAGUGAGGCUGCACCUAUGCCCGCCGAGGAAACAAAGGAGAAUAAGAAGAAUUCUACGCCCUCGCCCGGAACAAUUGAGGAUGGGGGAAUUUACCUCUAG